UUUCCGUGGUUUUUCUAACACAGACAGGAAACGUCGUAGAACUCGCCCUGCUUCAUUGUCGUUUGGCCAGGAGCUUGCCACGCUACCGAUCCCACUUUCCGUCCUUUCAUGGAAUCUGGGCAAGCUCACGUCUCUGGUCAAAUUCCCGCGAUGCUGUGGACCCACUAAGCAGGUUCCAAGCUCCAAAGUCCAUCUCAUUUUCGACAUGCUGGGGUGUGGAAUCAACACUCUUCUGAACUACUUAGCGGAUUGUUUACUCUUCUGAACUACUUAGCGGAUUGUUUACUCUUCUGAACUACUUAGCGGAUUGUUUACUCUUCUUCACGAGCAUCAUUCGCGAGAACUGAAGUUGGAACAUGCUUGGUUUUGGUCGUACACAUCUCACUGGCAUCCUUCGCUUGAGGCGCUCAUUUUCGCAUCAGAACGUUCUGCCACUCUCUCCCGCGUUGGGUGCCGUUGCGUUUAACGUUUUGCCUGCGUCUAUCAGGAUGUCUGCCACAACUUCUGUGAUGCGAGAUUGUUCGUUGCGCCGUGAGAAUCGAAAGCGCCUGGCUCGUACUCAGCCAGUACCUGACACGAACGCAUCCAUUCCCCCGAAUAGCAAUGAUACUUUGAACAGAAAAUUCGCUGCAGACAUUCUGCCUCAUAUACUCAAUCUAUAUAAUUGCAAAGCUACUUCAGCUGACUAUGACAUAUAUCAUCCGAAGGCCACGUUUGAGGAUCCCCUCAUGCGAGCUCAGGGGGUAACGCAGAUAAAGUCUGCAUUCUAUUCGAUACCGAAGGUUUUUAAGGAUGCUGAAAUGCUGGAGUAUAGUGUGACAGUAGAGGAAUCCGCUCCUAGCUCUGGCGAGGUCAGAAUAGACAAUUUACAGAGAUAUAAAUUGGGAGGGAAGACCAUUGAUGUGGUAUCGCUUAUCAAGUUGCAGAUUGAGAAUGGGAAAGUGACGAGGCAUGUGGAUAUGUGGAACAAGAAACCAUUACUGGAUAGAAGCACAAUCAAGGUACCUUUGGUAGGCCGCAUGGUGGAGUCGCUGCGUCGCGGGAAUAUGCUCAUCACCCAUCUUUUCAUGCGUUUUGGCAAAGAUCCCAGCGCUCGCUCUUGAUCUUAUCUAGAUUGGGCCCUCAAGGACGACCGUGUGCAUCAAAAGUGUUGAUGUUGAAACUUUUGGAAUUUCCCAUCAGCAGCACAAAACGGUACCUCUCCGAACUGUAACUUGAGCACCACGCAGGGACCGUGUGCUCUGUAAUAAUGCUGGUGAAAAGACCGAAUCAUUUUCAGAAGCACUUGACAUCCGUGGUCUCGUGUCCUUUCCAGAUUCUGACUUUGUCGCCUUCUCAUUCAACCGGUGAAGAAUAGUAUUGUUCAUUGUUUUUAGAUUGGCAUAGAUCAGCACUAAAAUUUGGGGAAAAAAAACUUUAUAUUAUGAGCACGUCAAGUCUCUAGCAGCACUCGUUUCACUAAACAGAAUAUGAAUAGUAGUGUUCAUAGAAGAACUCAAGCUCUGUGUAUUAGAUGUCACGUUUGAGACAAAGCCAUCGGAGUCUUCGAAAUGAAAGCAGGAAGCUGAAACGCCAUCAAUUCUACCCCGAUAGUGGUGCUAAGUAAGCAGAUUGUGUAGAGAUUGUAGCGUUUUAGCAACCCCGAGACAAUUCCUUCGGAAGCUAUGGCAAUUUGGUAUACAGUACUGAAUGUUGGAUAAAUUAUAUCAGUAAUGGAAAAAAGCUUCUGAUAGGAAUUAACUCAUA